AUGCCGUCCUCUACACCACCAUCAGUACAACCCACACCAAGCCUUCAACCAUUACCAUCUCCUGCAGUAGGCCAGAGUACUCGUAUUGAUGUUCGUGAGAUCAAGUCCAAGAUUUUUAAGAGGAUUGGGCCUGAACGAGCAAGGAAAUACUUUCAGCACCUGGAAAGGUUCUUAUCUUCAAGACUGAGCAAGAAUGAAUUCGAGAAGCUCUGUCUUGUGGCACUUGGCCGUGAAAAUGUCCCAUUGCACAACCAUCUUAUCCGUUCCAUUCUACAUAAUGCCAGUCGAGUUUGUGGCCCACCUGUAAUUAAUGAUCCUAAGCUGGUCAGAGGUGCCACCACUUCUGGCCAUGCAAUUGUUCCUCCUGUCUGGGACAAUGGUGGUGUGUUGAACCUAAAUGUCAAAGAGAACAAACCAUUAAGCAGAAGGGAAAAUGUACUAACCCAAAAGUCAUCACUGGAUCAUUGUGAGACUAUUAUGCUGGAGAAUGGUGUUCAUCAUUUGAGUGAUCCGAAGAGAUGUACACAAUUUCAAAAAAGUGACCAUUUGGAGCCACUUAUCAAGCGACCGCGUGUGGAGAAGGAACCAUUCAGUUUACAUAAUUCUCUGUACAACAAUGGGUCUGCUAUGGCUUCAAGAGAAAACCUGGGACAAGAAAUUAUACACCAAUUCCAAGGUCCAGUGCAAGCACCACUUGGCAUUCAGUUACGUCCUGGCAGUUUUGGUGUGGCCCAAAUACCUUUACCCCUUGCUUCUGUGUGUUCAAAGGAUACCUCUGACACUUGUAUUGAAGUUGGUGAACUCUGUGAGACUUCGUCAGUGAAGAAGAGGAUGGACAAAAUGGCAGGAACAUCUGGGUUGGAAGGGGUCUCGAUAGAGUGUGCCAAUUUGUUGAAUAACGGCAUUGAUGUUUUUGUGAAGCAGUUGAUUGGAUCUUGUGUUGAAUUAGUUAGAUCAAGGUCUCAACAUGGCAAACUAAGACAUGAGGCAUUGAAGCAGCAGCUGUGCCGAAAGCUAAUAAAUGGUGUAUCAGUACAUACCCAUGUUUCUGGGCAGAGUUCUAUUAUACCUCCAGAGACAAAUUCCAUCUCCAUGCAGGACUUAAAGACAGUAAUAGAGUUAAACCCUUGUUUGCUUGGGAUUAAUGCAUCACUGCUACUUGAAAAGAUCAAUUCAUAUGACUAG